AUGGCGUUGGCAAAAGAGAAUAAAGAUGAAGAGUACUGCUACGCGCUGGCCAAAGCUCUUUACCAUGACAAAUGUCCUUUGACUAUUGGUCUGUAUAUACCAUGGGGUAGAUGCAAGGACGAUCUUCUUGACAAAAUUAGGAGAAUUCAUCUUUUCAAUAUAAUUGUGCGCUUGUUAUUUUAUAAGCCUGUCAUCACAGAAAAUCACAAAGAUCUGAAAAGUAUCCAUUUUGUCUUCGUAAGGUUCAGUGCCUGGGAAUGCACAGGUAGUGACCAACUAUGGGCUGGCCUGGUUACAGCUCUUUGUGAUGGGGUUGAGCAUCAAUUUGGGCUGAUACCUCUUAGUAUUUAUCGUGCAUUAUACAAGAACAAGAAAAUUGAAAAUCGUAAAGGCUCUGAGAAAUGGGUUUCUAAGGAGUUUCUAAAAAUCCCACUGUGGCUUCUUACUUUAUGUGUGUUCCUCAUGGGAGUCUUGGUUUUUGCAUUGAUUUUAAAUACUGUGAUAUCUAACGAUAAAAUAUCUAUAUAUUUCAUAUACAUUUUUGUAUCUAUGUUUGCUCUUUGUACAGUAAAACCGUUUAUAAUGACCCUUGAGGUGACAAAAAAUUUAAUUUUGACUCAGAAAGUCAAAGUGUUAAGAAAACUGAAGGGGAAAGAUAUGAGCUCUCAGAUGGGCUUCAUGGCUGAUGUCAAGAAGGAGGUUGACACUAUCACUUCUUACCUUCAAAUGAUGGAAAUAUUCCAAAAUACGAAAAUAAGAGUCAUCAUAGAAAUCACUAAAUUGGACAACUGCAUGCCAAACCGAGUGGUCGAAGUCUUAAACGCUAUAAAUAUACUGCUUUCUAAUGAAGAUGCACCAUUUAUAUCCAUCUUGGCUGUAGACCCUGGUAUCAUUGUUGAAUGUGUUGAAAAGUCAGACCUACUGAAAGGCAUGGCGAACAAUGGCUAUCUGUUCCUAAACCGGGUUGUCACAUUACCCUUUUCUAUCCCCCAGAUGAAUUACCAUACUAAGUCCGGUCAUCUGAGUUAUAUAAUUGACAGUAAAAAUAGUUUAAGAAGAAAAAUAACUGAAGAUAAAAGUAGGUCUUCUGAAAAUAAUAGACUCUUGGAGGUUAAAACAGGCAAAGGUAAUAAAGAUGAAGGAGCAAAUCAGUUAAUACGGGAGGCACUGGAGCACCUGAAAUCUGACGAAUGUCUUGAAUAUAUUACUGACAAUGUUAUCAACAUGAGGAGGAUUGUGAACUCCAUUGUCAUAACUCUCAGACUGAUGGCCAGAGAUAAUAAAUAUCAAGAAAUAAGCGCAAAUAAGGUAUCAAAGUGGGUGAUAAUGGCUGCCCAAUGGCCGUGUUCCUUCAGCUGGAUACUACAGUGCAUUGAAGAUGAGCAGCAGAGUAGAAAAGGCCAAGAUUCUCCAUACGAAAAAAUAAAACUGUGGGACAUUUAUGAGAUGUCCCUGGAUACUUUGCAUGCUAAUAGGGAGAGUCUCAAAGAGCUUCUGGAGUUGGAUGGGGAUCCAGAUACCUUCUGCAAACUACUAGAGUAUACUGAUUUCACUGUGGAAGAUGCAAACAAGUUAAGAACAUACACUGUCAACUUAGAUCACACCAUUCAAAGGAAGAUUGAACUCCUACAAGGUAGUUUUGAACUUUUUGAGGUUAAGAAGGAAAAAUCGCUGACUAGAAUGAAUUUAUUGAAAAUGAGCACAAGUCAAGUCUGUGACAAGAUGAAAGAGCUUAAUUUAAAACAUUGUGAAGACUAUAUAGAGAAGAUUGAGAAGCAUAAUCUGGAUGGAAAGGCUCUUCUUUACAGCAAAAAUGAAGAGAUAAGAGGAGCCUUGGGCAUGAAUCUCGGAGACUGGGUGAUAUUUAGAGCUAAAUUUUUAAGCUUGCCUACUCCAAACCUUUUCUUUUAAGCAAAAAGCACAAGAACUGUUGGAACGUGUCCAUUAUAUCCUCAUGAUAUAUGAUUUUAUCCUGCAUUUCUUAAGAUCUCAUACAUGUAGAAUAUUUGCACUUGUACUGUAUAUAUUAGAAAAUGUACAUAUAUAACAUAUUAUUCCUAUAUCCACUUUUGCUGAAAGGGAAUGUGUCUUUUUGAUUUUGUUUUUGUUAAUUAAAUGUAAGUCUGUAGAAGAGAAAUUGUGUGUUUAGAUUUUUUUUAAAGGAGUUUGCAUGGAGUUCAACAUUGAUAGCCUAGCCUCAGGCUACAGUAGGUCAUCAUUAUCUGACCAGUGGUGAUCUGACACCCGACACCACCACUGAUCAGCUGUUUUAAGAGAGGCUACGAUCUCACAGCAUACUAGGCACAGUGCCAUGAAUCUCAUAGUGGCUGUGCUUGGUAUUGCAUCCCAGAUCCAUUUACUUGACUGAUAUGCACAUUGGCCAUGUGACCGAUGAAUGUAAUGUCACUGACCUCAGAAGAGGCUGUGGUGGUCACCUGAGUUUCACAGACUCUUAAAACAGCUGAUAAGUGGGGGUGCCAGGAGCCAGAUCCCCACCAAUGAGAUACUGACCUAUACUUUAAAUGUUAAUGUUAUUGAAUUUUUCACUUUAAGAACUUUCCUGGCUUGACAAUUUUGGUGGCACACACUUUCUUCCUUGACCAUACAGACAGUGUAGCAGGGUCUGUGUGGUUUAUGGCAGCUGCAAUGAAUGAAAGUUAACAGAUAGAAAGGUGUCAAUAGACUAAUGUAGUCUCAGGAAGUGGUAGAAUACUGCACCCACCCCAAAAAAAAAAAAGAAAAAAAAAUACUUUUAAGAUUAUAUAGGGAAGCUGUGGGGUAAUCAUAGAUUAUAAACAGAGAUGAGCGAAGUUCUCAAAAAUUUUAUUUGACUGCUUUACCGAAUUUCACGGGGAAUGGCAAUCGCUGUGCCCCACCUGUCAUUGAACCCCUCAGAUUCUGCAUUAAUUGCUGAUUGCGGCAUCUGACAUUAAAAUUGAGGCCUUUCAGGGGUAAAUCAGGGGUAAAAAAAACAGUACAUACUCACCUUAUCCAUUUUCUUGCGGAGAGGCCGUCAUUGAUGAUGUCACCGCACCCCGCCAGUGCACUGAUGUGGUGACAUCAAAUGUCACCCUGCUCAAGAUUUCACAUAGUUUCUUCUAUCAAGAUGAUUAAAGCAGACUCUCCGCAAACAAAUGGAUAAGGUGAGUAUGCCAUUUUUUUUACC